AAAAAAACUACCACACCUGCUCUUUGUUGCGCUUCUCGUUACUACACAGAGAGAAAAUGACUGUCAGUCGUGGUGAGGAUACACAAUUGCUGCUUCAACAGCAAGAUCAGAAUAAUCUCUCUUGGGAUGAAAUCAAACGUUUAUUGCAAGAUUCGGAUGCUUUCCAAUUGUCAAGUACCAAAGCUUGGUCUCAAGUUUUAAUGACAAUUGCCUUCCUUACUCUUGGUAUUGUUGCUGCUGCCAUGUUUCCAUGGUAUUUACUUCCAAUCAGUUGGUUCUUUGUUGGCUUGUGUGCCAGUGGUUUGAUGGGUGUUGCUUAUGCUUGUAGUGAAAAUAGAUUUUUCAAUCAAAAGACAAUGCCAAGUUGGGUCAAUGAUUUGGUUGGUAUGAUUUGCAUGUUGCCAUUGCUUUAUCCAUUUGAAGCUUUUAAGACCUUGGCAAACAAGUCAGAAGAAGAAAAAUCACAAAAUGUCAAUCAAGAAGAUGAAGGUUUUGUUAUGAAAGCUUUGGCUUUUGUUUUGAAGAGUCCAUUGUGGUUUUUGAGUUCAAUCUUUGAUUGGUUCAGAGCUAACAUUUAUUUUGAAACUAAGAAGAGUAUUGUUAUCAAUGCAGUUGUUCUCUAUGUAUUUGCUGCUGCAUUCUUCUCUUUGAUGGUUUACUUUGUUGGUUUGUGGGGAUUGGUCAAGUUCUAUGUUGCUCCACUUAUUGCCUACCAUUUGAUCAACUCUACUUUUAUGAAGGUCAAUGAUGCUGAUGCUAAGAAGAAUACCAUUACUCAUUUCCCAUCUAUUAUUGAAUUCUUGACUAACUAUGCCAACCAUUCUUAUAGAAUCAAGUUGAAGUGGAACAAGAAGGCCAAUAAUAACAAUGAAACAAUUACUCAAAACUUGAAGGAAAAGUUGAUCAAGGUUGUUCCAAACUAUAACUGGAAUAAGGCUAAGAAUGCUCUCUGUGAAAAGUUUGGUAAGAAUUUGGAAGGUAUUGGUGGUACUACUUUCUUCUCUGAUUUGGGAAAGACUUUUGAAAAUGAAGUUGAUUUGAGAAAUAUUGACUGGUUCAUCACCAUUUACUUGAUUGGAUCCGUUGUUGGUACUAUUUAUGGUGUUAUGACUUGUGCUUUCAACUGGAAGACUUAUGUUUUGAGCUUUGUUGGAUAUUACAUUGCUGGUAUUGGUAUUACUGCUGGUUAUCACAGAGUUUUUGCUCAUCGUUCCUGUAAGGCAACAUGGCCAGUUAGAGUUUUCUUAAUGUUACUCGGUACAAGUGCUUUCCAAGGAAGUGUUGUUUCUUGGUCAGCUGAUCACCGUAGACACCAUCAAUAUGUUGAUACUGAAAGAGAUCCAUACAAUAUUAAGAACUCUUUCUUCUAUGCUCACAUGGGAUGGUUGAUGUGGAAGAGAGAAGUUGAUACUACAAAUGCUAAGGAUUUACUUUCUGAUCCUGUUAUCAAAUUCCAUCAUGAAUAUUAUCCAUAUUUGGCUGUCUUUUUGGGAUAUUUGUGUCCAAUGCUGAUUGCUGGUUUAUGUUGGGGCGAUUAUUAUGGUGGCUUCUUCAUCGCAGGUGUCUUGUCAAAGACUUUCCUCCAACAUUGUACUUUCUUUAUUAACAGUUUGGCUCACUCUUGGGGUGUUUCCACUUUCAAUGACGAUCACACAGCUUGUGAUUCAUAUAUGGUCAGUUUGUUCACUUUUGGUGAAGGUUAUCACAAUUUCCAUCACACAUUCGCCUACGAUUACAGAAAUGGUGUUCGUUGGUAUCACUAUGACCCAGGCAAAUGGCUUCUCUAUAUGUUCUCUCUCUUUGGCAUGACCUAUGAUUUGAAACGUUGUGAUCCAAUUCACUACGAAAAGGGUAAACUUAUCAUGAUGCAAAAGAGAAUCGAUGAAGAACAAAAGAAGAUUGAUGAAGAAAAGAAACUUUAUGAUUGGGGUACUCCUCUUGAAAAGUUGCCAACCAAAUCAUAUGAAGAAUUCCAAAAGGAUUGCAAGACCAAAUCUUUAAUCAUUAUUGAUAAUGUUGUCCAUGAUGUCACUAACUUUAUUGGUGAACAUCCAGGUGGUGAAACUAUCUUGAAAGCUUAUCUUGGUAAGGAUGCCACUAAGGCCUUCAAGGGUGAUGUUUACUUGCACACUAACGUUGCCAAGAAUAUUUUGGCUCAAAUCAGAAUUUACAAACUUGCUCCCCAAAAGAGUGAUUAAACUUUCCGAUAUUAAUUUUUGAAGCAGAAUUAGACAUUGCACCAUUACACAAUAAAUAAUAACCAAGUUCUGUUCUCAAAA